CCGAGCGGAGGAGGACCCGGAGGGAAGGCUGGGCACGGGCAACGCAGCCUUCCUCCGCCUCGCGCCCCGUCCGAGUCAGGGGCUCCUCGCCGGCGCCUGGUGCCUAUGGAGCCGUGGAAGCAGUGCGCCCACUGGCUCAUCCAGUGCCGGGUGCUGCCGGUCAACCACCGGGUGACCUGGGACACGGCGCAGGUGUUCGACCUGGCCCAGACCCUCCGCGAUGGAGUCUUGCUCUGCCAGCUGCUCAACAACCUGCGCCCUCUCGCCAUCAACCUCAAGGAGAUCAACCUGCGGCCUCAGAUGUCCCAGUUUCUUUGUUUGAAGAAUAUAAGAACGUUCCUUACAGCCUGUUAUGAAACAUUUGGCAUGAAGAAGAGUGAACUUUUUGAAGCAUUUGACUUGUUUGAUGUCCGUGAUUUUGGAAAGGUCAUAGAAACAUUAUCCAAACUUUCCCGUACUGCUACUGCAUUAGGCACUGGAAUAAGGCCGUUUCCCACAGAAGAGAGUGUGGAUGAUGAAAAUAUCUACAAAGGCCUUCCGGAUUUGAUUGAUGAAACUGGUGUGGAUGAGGAUGAAGACCUUUAUGAUUGUGUUUAUGGGGAAGACGAAGGUGGUGAAGUGUAUGAAGACCUCAUGAAAGUGGAAGCAGCGCAUCAGCCUAAGUUUCCUGAGAAUGACAUAAGAUGUUGCUGCCUCUCAGAAAUAAAACAGACUGAAGAGAAAUACACAGAAACGCUGGAGUCCAUAGAAAAGUAUUUUAUGGUGCCAUUGAAAAGGUUUCUAACACCAUCUGAGUUUGAAACUGUAUUCAUCAACAUAGCUGAUUUGGUGAAAAUCCACAGAAGUUUAACACAGGAUAUUCAAGAGUCAAUUGUAAACAAAAACGACCAAAACCUGUAUCAAAUUUUUAUUAGCUAUAAGGAAAGGUUGGUCAUCUAUGGGCAGUACUGCAGUCAGGUAGAGACAGCCAUAUCCUGUUUAGACAAUAUCUCCAAAACAAAAGAAGAUGUUAAGUUGAAACUGGAGGAAUGUUCGAAAAGAGCCAAUAAUGGAAAGUUUACUUUGCGGGAUCUUCUUGUUGUUCCCAUGCAGCGAGUUCUGAAAUACCAUCUCUUGCUUCAGGAGCUGGUGAAACAUACAACUGACCCUACUGAGAAAGCAAACUUAAAGCUUGCCCUUGAUGCAAUGAAGGACUUGGCACAGUAUGUAAAUGAAGUGAAGAGAGAUAAUGAAACUCUCCGUGAAAUUAGACAAUUUCAGUCCUCAAUAGAGAAUUUGAACCAGUCACUUUUAUUGUAUGGAAGACCACAAGGUGAUGGUGAAAUAAGGAUAACGACCCUGGACAAACGGGCAAGGCAAGAUAGGCAUAUCUUUUUAUUUGAUUUGGCUGUAAUUGUGUGCAAACGGCGAGGAGAUAAUUAUGAAAUGAAGGAUAUUAUUGAUCUUCAGGAAUACAAGAUAACUAACAACCCUACAACAGAUAAAGAGAACAAAAAGUGGUCUUAUGGCUUCUACCUCAUCCACAUACAAGGACAGAAUGGGCUGGAACUCUACUGCAAAACGAAAGAUUUGAAGAAAAAGUGGCUUGAGCAGUUUGAAAUGGCACUGUCCAACAUAAGACCUCAUUAUGUAGAAUCAAAUAUGCACGACUUCAGAAUGCAUACCUUCACUCGUGUAACAUCCUGCAGAGUCUGCCAGAUGCUUCUGAGAGGAACGUUUUAUCAAGGCUAUUUAUGUUCAAAAUGUGGAGCUGGAGCUCACAAAGAAUGUUUGGGAAGACUAGACAAUUGUGGCAGAGUUAAUUUGGGUGAACAUGGGACCCUGAAACACGAGAAACGGCCAAAUGGACUUCGAAACAGCUCCAGGCAUAUGGACCCAGGCUUACCAAAAAUGCAAGUAAUUAGAAAUUACAGCGGGAUACCACAACCAGUUCCACAUGAAGGCCCUCCACUGCACAUCCAGACUGGAGACAUAAUUGAACUCAUCAAAGGAGAUGCACAUAGUCUAUUUUGGCAGGGUAGAAAUCUAGUGACGGGGGAGCUUGGCUUCUUUCCAAGUGAUGCAGUAAAACCUUGCCCAUGUGUUCCUAAACCAGUAGACUACUCUUCCCAGCCAUGGUAUGCUGGAGCAAUGGAAAGAUUGCAAGCAGAGACUGAACUUAUUAACCGGAUAAAUAGCACUUACCUAGUACGAUAUAGGACUAAAGAGUCGGGAGAAUAUGCCAUUAGCAUUAAGUACAAUAAUGAAGUGAAGCACAUCAAGAUUUUAACAAGGGAUGGCUUUUUUCACAUUGCAGAAAAUAGAAAAUUUAAAAGUUUAAUGGAACUUGUGGAGUACUACAAGCACCACUCUCUCAAAGAAGGCUUCAGAAGUUUGGACACAACUCUCCAGUACCCAUAUAAGGAAUAUGAAAAUUCACUGGACCAAAGGAGCAACCGACCAAGUAGCAACUUGUUGAGCCCCAAGGUUCUUGGUAUUGCUAUUGCCCGCUAUGACUUCUGUGCCAGAGACAUGCGUGAAUUGUCACUGCUCAAAGGAGACAUUGUCAAAAUUUACACAAAGAUUAGUGCUAAUGGCUGGUGGAGAGGUGAAGUAAAUGGAAGGGUGGGUUGGUUUCCAUCAACCUAUGUGGAAGAGGAUGAAUGAUUUGGACAUUGUGUUGGGACUACUGACCAUAAAUUUCAGGGACUAUGAAAACAAUCUGCCUGCAAAGCAUUAUUCCUCUUGUUAAGUAUUUGAAAUGCAGCACUUUUGUCUGCCCAAACCCCCUCCAGUCUUAAUGCUGAGAUUACUGAAGAAGUUUAUGUUGACAGAAGAAUAUCCCAGUCAGAGCUGUGCAAAGAAACUGCCUGCCACCACUGGGGACCAAUGCAAAACUCUCUAACCCCAAUUUCCUGAAAAAUGCUUCAAGCAGACAUUGGAAAAAAGGCUUCUUUUCAUUCCGUCUAAGUGAAUACUAAGUAUUGGUAGCAUUUUACUAACUUUUAUCAUUUCUUACUAGCAGGUAUCUCUGAUGGCACUUGAAGAUGAAGGCUUCAUUGAUUAUUUAUCAUUUCAUCCCAGGGGUGUGGUGGGGUGGGGAAGCUUAAUCAUUCCACGAUCAAUACGGUCAAUAUUAUUUGGCCUGAAGAAUUCGGCGGCACUAACCUUGCCCAGUCUUAUGAAACACUGAAGUUUUUUGCGGGGGGGGGGGGGAGGAGGAGUUGGCAGAGGAAUACAGAGUAAUUUUGUUUUUAAUCCCAGAGGGCUUUACAGACUUUGCCUGACCCUUUUGUAUAUUUUGUAAAAACAACAAACUUUAGUAAGUGGCUUGUCAUUUCGCAUACAGGUAGAGCCUGGAAAGAAAUUGUAUAGAAAUAAAUGCUGCAGGUUCCUAACAUGCAUUGUAUGUCUUACAGAACAGGAACUUUUAAUACACAUGGCCUUAUUGCUGUGCUAGGUUUUACAAAUCUAGGAAAUGUUACAAUUUCUUAGAUAAAACAUUGAGUACUGUUUAGUUUUGCAAUCUGGCUGUUGUUAAAAGUUCUGUUCAUAUGUGAGUUCUCUAGAUGUCAGGACAAGUUUUUUGCUGAUUCUUUAGGACAUUAAAAGCACAAUCUUUGUUAUGUUUCACCCCCGAGUUCCAUUAAGCAGAGCAGAGUUAGGUAACUGAAUCUGUGGGCAAACCAUUGCAGGAGCCCUGAUUCUAAGUGCACACGAGUGGAUAACUUCACAGACAAAACAGAAUUAGAAUAUUCAAGUGGAUCUGUAGCAUAUCACAUAAGAAAAAGUACUAGUAGAGCACAAAUGACUUCAUGCACAGGGUUCAGAACAACCAGUGGGAUUUUUUGAGGCUUCACAUUCCCAGUGCUGCUCCUUACACUAAAGAAAAAAAACUGCCCCGAAGACUAGUGGAGCCUAUCAAAUUGGGAUCCUACAAAUUGGGAUGCUUCUCUACUGCUUCUAACAGAAUGUUUGCAAAGGUAUCCAGCACUCAGACUCUAUUUAAGGCCUCCUUGAGUAGCCUGUUUUAGUCCAUGAGUUUAUCAGCCACCAAAGGUGAAUUGGAUGGUGGGAUUCUCUAAGCAGGUACUCGUUUUAGAAUACUCUGAACCACAGUAGAGUUUCACCCAUACAUGAGCAGAUAUGCUAAAGAACUUCAAAAUUCUGUAAACUUUAUUUUGUUGGAAACAGUUAAAACAUUUGCGAUGGAUUCCAGAAAUGUAUUUCAUAAAAAAAGAUGUCCUUAAGUGUUAGAUUAGGAAUGCUUUCUUGGUGCUGUUCUCUGUAAUAGCUAGUUUGGUCUGGUGGACUUGAUCCUUAAGUAGGAAAAGUAGCUUUGCCAGGAGGUAAUGCCUGUUUUAAGUGGGGUACAGGAUUUGACUCUGGUUCUGUGAAAUGUAUUGUGCUCUGUCGUCAUCGUUUAUAUGUCUUGUUGGAAGAAAGUUGGCUUAACACUGAGAAUAAGAAAUGGAAAUGUAUCCUUUCAGCAAAACAAUUUGAUAAGCAGUUUAGAUAUUCUAAAAUUUCUGUUAGCUGGUGGGUGGGUGGGUGAUGGAACUCAGAAGACUCAAGCCAUAUCUAAACGCCUCCUUCCCAUUGGUAUCAUGCAGUAUCUUUUGUUGACAACAUUCAUAUUUGAUAAGUGGGUGGGGGGAAAACAGUGCAUGUGCAUGGAAGGUCACCAGGCUGAAACCCUGAUAUCCUGUCUAUCAUUAACAAUGAAAAGCAUGGUGCCGCAGCUUCACAUACUCCGUUUACCCUUCAGUCCCAUGAUGAUGAUUUACCCAUGCCUGCCUGCCUGCCAGCCGGAAUGUUUGUCCCACAUCAGACGAGACGGUAGUGUAGACUAGUCCAGUGGCUUGUCUUUGUUUAUCACCCUGAGCUGAGCAUUUUGAAUGUAGUAUCAUUUUAUUUCAAAUACCAAAGAUUUAGUAUGUAUGAGCCAUUCCCCACCCCCUAACCAAUGCAUUUUAAUUUUUGCCUUUAUGCAAGGCCUUGCUCUACUGCACCGAGCUGGGCCAGUACUUUGUAAUAUUUUGUAAAUAUGUGAAUAUAUUAAUAAAUGAGUUAACUUUUUGUUUAA